AAGUGAUUCGAGAAAGAACACGACGAUCGGUACCUAAUUAUCAUGUUUUAAAAAUCGUCACGCGUUACUCCAUUUAUGUAAAAAGUGUAUCUGUAGUUUAUCUGGAUAAAGGUAGCUCAUUGCGUGACCGCGUAUAAUCGCAUGUGUGUGAAACGAAAGAAAAUAAAGAAAGAAGCCGAGAGAAUGAAAUAAAAUAAAAAGAAGAGAAUUGAAGUGAAACGGUGAAAUCGAACUGCGCUAAGUUCAGUGGGUGGCUAACAAUUCAACCAGUCGUGAUAAACAAACUAGAAUGAAACUAUCAAAUUUAACAUAAGAGCGCGAGGUUUAAAAUAAAAUUAUUGUUUUCAGAAAUCACAGGGAACAGAAGGUGGACAUUUAAUUACCAAAUGGAAAAAUUGUGAAGAGGAAACGUUGACAAAUCUACUCUAAAAUAAACUUCCUGUCAAGUGUUCUGGACGAGCUGAUACCCGGGGCGAACGGAGGACGCUUUUAGUUGGUUUUACUUGGCGCCUAUCGAACUUGGGAACGUUGGAAUUGAAACGAGUCGUGGUUAGUGUUGUCGUCGGGUGGUUUCUGGACGGCGAGUGACAAUUGAUUUGUUAAAGAUUGGCGCAUUUUUUUCUACGUGUGGAUACAUUAAGCGGAAAAAGACGACCCUUCACAUCGGUGGAGAGAAUAUGCACGUACAUUUAAACACACGUUGUACAGUUUGAACGCACACUGCAACUGCAGGGAUCUUGGAAAUAAGGAAAAGAGAUCGCAAGGAAAACCGAAAACGACCCGCCGAAGUAAAAACGAAAUAAUAAGGGAAAAUAGGAACAACGACAACGAAAUUCAACGGAAAUAAUUCGAACAUCUUUACACAUCGUUAUUGAGGUCGGUUGAUUCGGGAGGAUUUCGUGCACGCAGAAGAUCACCUUCGGCUGUCGCAAUGGCCACGCUAUCACUGCGAAUCUCCAUUCCGGAGAAAAAUGCAACAAAAAUGAUGCAGUUCGAUCCUACCACCUCAGUAUAUGACGCUUGUCGCGUUAUCAGAGAGAAAUUAACAGACGCCUCUGGCAUGGGACAGCCACACGAUUAUGGUCUCUUUUUGGCGGAUGAGGACAUAAAGAAGGGUGUGUGGCUUGAGCCAGGGCGGAACCUGGAUUAUUAUAUCCUGAGGAAUGGAGAUCUACUCGAAUAUCGUAGAAAGUUAAGAACACUGAGAGUGAGGAUGCUCGAUGGAACCUUGAAGACUCUGUUGGUCGACGAUAGCCAACCCGUCGCUAAUUUAAUGGUGGUUAUCUGCACGAAAAUCGGACUCACCAAUCACGACGAGUAUUCGCUCGUCAGAGAAUUACCGGACGAAGAAACGGAGAACGCAAAACCGGGAAACUUUGGUACACUGACUCUGAAGAGACGAAAAGAGGAGAAGGGAGAGAGGGAUGCAAAAAUGGACCAGCUCAGGAAAAAGCUCAAAACAGACGACGAAGUAAACUGGAUCGACCCGAGUCAGACCCUCAGAGAGCAAGGAAUCGACGAACAUGAAACUGUCCUACUCCGCAGAAAAUUCUUCUUUUCCGAUCAAAAUAUCGACAGCAGAGAUCCCGUUCAACUCUCCUUACUCUAUGUACAGGCGAGGGAUGCGAUUUUGGACGGAACUCAUCCUAUCAUACAGGAGAAAGCCUGCAUCUUCGCUGGUAUUCAAUGCCAGAUACAAUUCGGAGAUUAUAAGGAAGACAAACAUAAAACUGGAUUUCUCGAUCUGAAAGAAUUCCUGCCUCAGUCUUACGUUAAAGUGAAGGGAAUAGAGAAAAAGAUUUUUGCCGAACAUAAAAAACAUGCCGGAUUAUCCGAGCUGGACGCAAAGGUCUUGUACACGAAGACAGCGCGCUCCCUGAAUACCUACGGAGUCACCUUCUUCCUGGUCAAGGAAAAGAUGAAGGGGAAGAACAAACUAGUACCACGUCUUCUCGGUAUCACCAAAGAUUCAGUGCUACGUUUGGACGAAAGGACCAAAGAGAUUCUGAAGACCUGGCCUCUGACCACUGUGAGACGAUGGGGAGCUUCUCCUAAUACAUUCACAUUCGAUUUUGGCGAUUAUUCCGAUCAAUACUACAGCGUACAGACAACCGAGGCGGAGCAGAUCGUGCAGCUCAUCGCUGGGUACAUUGACAUUAUUAUGAAGAAACAGAAAUCCAAGGAUCACUUCGGAAUCGAAGGGGACGAAGGAUCAACCAUGGUGGAAGACAGCGUAUCACCUUUGCAAGCCACGAUUAUGCAGCACGAAACGAGUAGCGUCGGGAAGGGAAAUAUCGAAUCUGUGGCCUUACCUGUUGUCGUGAGAGCUGGAGGAGAUGGAGCUCGACCAUACGGAACUGGUCACAUGGGCAGUGCUCAACACUCGACGGUGUCAGGAUCAGCCAACGUUACUCAUGCCCCGCCAAUGAUUCAACAGACGAGAGUUACGUCCGUCAUGUCUGAGCCCCAACGUGCCUUGGUAUCUACGAUAAGUGAGGGUCAUCACAUCAUCAGGAUAGCGGAAAGCGAGCUCUCUUCCAAAGCUCAACUUCCGGAGCUCGGUACGGAUCCUGCAUCUUUGAAAUGGAUCGAACAAACAAUGGAUACCCACAAGCAAAAUGUGGGCUCGCAAAUCGCUGCGAUGAAUGCCGCUACUGCUCAAGUGGUUACCCUCACCUCCGGGCCUGCCGAUGAUGUGGAUCACACCGCUGUUGGUGCUGCGAUCACAACAAUCGCUAGCAAUUUACCAGAAAUGACGAAAGGCGUAAGAAUGAUCGCCGCUCUUCUUGACGACGAAUCUUCUGGAGACAGAUUGCUGGAUGCUGCGAGGAAACUUUGUCUGGCCUUUUCAGAUCUUCUGAAAGCUACCGAACCAGAAACUAAAGAGCCAAGGCAGAAUCUCCUCAAUGCUGCCUCUCGCGUUGGCGAAGCCUCUCAUCAAGUCCUGACAACAAUCGGAGAGGAAGACGAUUCGAACCGUGAAUUACAAGACAUGCUCCUCGCGCUCGCCAAAGCCGUGGCAAACACGACUGCGGCGUUGGUAGUGAAGGCUAAGAACAUAGCAACGACAUGCGAAGAUUCGGUGACACAGAACCGCGUGAUAUCGGCGGCGACUCAAUGCGCUUUGGCUACCUCUCAGCUUGUUGCGUGCGCGAAGGUUGUGGCACCUACUCUUCAUUCGCCCGCCUGCCAGACCCAGCUCAUGAACGCUGUUAGAGAAGUAACGAGAGCUGUCGAGGGGCUCGUUGAGGUAUGCAAUGAAACUUGCACGGACGAGAAUCUACUCAAAGAACUUAGCUCCGCUGCCGCCGAGGUCAGUAGGACCCUGAACGAACUUUUGAAUCGGAUACAAAGUGCCACACGGGCCGAAAAAGCUAAGGAAUCUGUCCAAGAAGGGGCCGUUGAAACGAUCUUUGUUGCAACCGAUAAACUCUUCGCCAGCACCGGAGAUGCCGGUGAAAUGGUACGCCAAGCAAAGGUAGUCGGUCAAGCGACCGCUCAGCUCAUUCACAGCAUCAAGGGCGAGGCUGAAAGUCAAACAGACGGGGAACAACAGCGUCGACUUUUGGCUGCGGCUAAAAUUCUUGCUGACGCCACUGCGAAAAUGGUAGAAGCUGCCAGGCAGUGCGCUAGCAGCCCCCAUGACGCCAAUAUGCAAGAUCAGCUACGCCGUGCCGCAGAGGAGCUCAGAGCUGCCACGACGGCAGCUGCGACACCGGGAUUACGUAGAAAAUUGAUCACCAGACUGGAAUCGUGUGCCAAACAAGCGGCCGCGAACGCAACACAGUGUAUUUCCGCAGCAUCGGGAGCUGCAAAACACAACACAAAUGCAGCAAGUCAGGAAGAACUCAACGCGGAAUGCAGAGCUGUAGCUCAGCAAGUUCCAAACCUUGUAGCUGGUGUUAAAGGCACUCUGGCACAACCCGACAACCCCACGGCUCAGCUCAACUUGAUAAAUGCUGCGGAGCAAUUCCUUCAGCCAGGAUCCAGUGUAAUCAAAGCUGCCAGAGCUGUGGUUCCCACAGUCUCUGACCAAGCUUCUGCUAUGCAGUUGAAUAACAGUUCGCAACAAUUGGGAUCUACAUUGUCAGAUCUUAGAUCGGCGGUAACACGCGCCAGAGAGGCGUGUGGCGGUCUGGAGCUCGACGCAGCUGAAGAAUUGAUAAACAGCUUGAAAGACGAACUUUAUGAAUUUUAUCAGGCAGUUGAAGCGGCCAGACUGCGGCCACUGCCUGGUGAGACUGCGGAGUCGACUGCGUUACAACUUGGGGCCUCGUCAAAGAACGUCGGGUUCGCCAUGGCUCAGCUGUUGUCCGCUGCAAAGCAGGGUAACGAGAACUACACCGGAAGUGCGGCGAGAGAAACCGCCACCGCACUCAAAGAACUCACCGGUGCAGUACGCGGAGUUGCCGCAACAUCUAAUCAACCUGAAACCCAGAAGAAGGUCUUGACCACAGCUGAUGACAUAAUUGUCAGGUCCUUGUAUCUCGUCAAGGAAGCCAGAAGGGCGUUGAACAAUCCCGACAACCCGGAGAACGUUGCGAACCUCGCCGCUGUUGCUAAGGACGUCUCGCAAUCGCUCAAUAAAUGCGUAUCCUGUCUUCCGGGACAAAGAGACGUCGACGACGCCAUACGAAACAUCGACGACAUGAGUCAAGUUCUCAACAUGAACGAAUUCCCACAAACUAACAAGAGCUACGGGCAACUGCAACAGAACUUGAAUACAGCCGCCGCGGACUUGAACGAUGCCUCGGCGAACGUUGUGUCGUCCGUGCGAUCGCCGGUUCAGUUAGCAAACACUUCCAAAGAAUUUACGAGCGCUUUUGGUGACCUGCUUGGUGUCAGCAUGGAAAUGGCUGGUCAAACAACGACCGAGACUCGAGGACAAAUGGUGGUCUCCCUGAAGAACGUCAGCAUGACUUCCAGCAAACUUUUGGUCACUGCUAAAUCGGUCGCGGCUGAUCCCAACGCUCCAAAUGCAAAGAAUCAACUCUCCGCCGCAGCCCGAGCUGUAACGGACUCCAUAAAUUAUCUCAUCGACGUCUGCACCUCUGCUGCACCUGGACAAAAUGAAUGCGACAACGCGAUAAGGAACAUACAAUCCAUGCGACCUCUUCUCGAUAAUCCAAGCGACCCGAUCUCUGAUGUUUCAUACUUCGAAUGCCUUGACACGGUAAUGGAGAAGAGCAAAAGCUUGGGCGAUGGAAUGACAGGCAUCGCAAAUCACGCGAAGAAAUCGGAACAUGAACAAUUUUCCGUUGCCGUCAGAGGAGUUUCUUCAUCUAUCUGUGGACUCGUUGAAGCUGCUGCACAAGCAGCUUAUUUGGCGGGAGUCAGCGACCCAACGUCGGUUGCUGGAAAACCGGGACUCGUUGAUCAAGCGCAGUUCUUCAGAGCUGCCCAAGCCAUUCAUACCGGAUGUCAGAAUCUCACGAACCCGACGAGCACUCCUCAGCAAGUUCUACACGCCGCUACAAUGAUUGCGAAACAUACGAGCGCUCUCUGUAACGCGUGUCGAGUGGCUUCCAGUAAAACUACCAACCCAGUUGCCAAAAGACAUUUCGUGCAGUCUGCCAAGGACGUUGCCAACUCAACGGGAAGUUUGGUCAAAGAAAUAAAGGCCCUGGACCAGGAUUGCUCCGAGGCAAAUAGAGAAAAAUGCUCCGAGGCUACGAGACCACUUCUCGAGGCUGUCGACAAUCUGUGCAACUUCGCCUCAUCCCCGGAAUUCGCCAGUCAACCAGCAAAGAUUUCGGUAGCUGCUCGCGCCGCUCAGGAACCCAUCACUAGUGCUGGAAAAUCAAUAAUCGAUGGAUCUUGCGCUAUGGUCCAAGCUGCAAAGAGUCUCGCCGUUAGUCCCAAAGAUCCACCGACCUGGCAGCUGCUCGCUAACCACAGUAAGAGCGUGAGCGACUCUAUCAAAUCAUUGGUGGCCUCGAUCCGAGACAAAGCUCCUGGCCAGAAGGAAUGCGACGCUGCGAUAGAGACCCUUUCGUCAAGAAUUCGCGAACUCGAUGCCGCGUCGCUCAGUGUCGUUUCUCAAGCACUCGUACCUCGUAAAGAAAACACCGUACAAGGAUUUACGGAUCAGAUGGAGAGCAGUGCGAGCGAACUCCGUGAAAAACUCGAACCCCUCAGAUCCGCUGCUAAAUACGGAGCGGAGCACGUUGGUCAUGCCGUCAGUCAGAUUGCCUUGUAUUCCGAACCACUCGUGACCGGAGCCAUCGGCGCAGCUUCGAAUAUGGUCCACUCUAAACAACAGAUGGUUCUUCUCGACCAAACCAAGACCGUGGCCGAGUCGACUUUGCAGUUGAUUUACGUAGCGAAAGAAUCCGGCGGUAAUCCCAAGGCCGUCAACCUGCACGCAGAAGUUGACGAGACGGUCGAAUCGACGAAGGACGCGCUCAGGGAACUGCAGAAUACUUUGGAGACGAUAUCCACCUCCAAUGGCAUCGUCACAGGCCUGAUCGACACCAUAUCCAGAGCUAUGGUGCGACUCGAAGACCACAGAAUGUCUACCAUCGAUACCGUCGACUCGUACGUUGAUUAUCAGACUCGAAUGGUUGAGGCCGCCAAGGAAAUCGCAAGAUUGGCACAGGAAAUGUCGACAAAAUCCAGCGUAGACGUAGCUCGCCUGGGUCCCCUGGCAGUAGACGUAUCCCACAAAUACACACAGCUGUCCCGCGACGCCUCCGGUGCAUCUGCAGCAACGACGAACGCCGACGUUUCUUUACGCCUCAGAACUGGUGUCCAAGAGCUGGGUCGGGCGUGUGCCGAUAUAGUGCGCGCUGCUGGAACAUGCCAAAUGGCCUCCGGCGACGCUUUUGCCCAACGUGAAGUCUCGGAACACAGCAAAAAUGUUACCGAAAAAGUUUCUCAGGUUCUCGCCGCCCUUCAGGCAGGCUCCCGUGGCACUCAGGCUUGCAUAAAUGCUGCGAGUACUGUCUCGGGAAUAAUCGGAGACUUGGACACCACGAUAAUGUUCGCGACAGCUGGAACUCUUCACGCAGAAAACGACAGCGAUAUAUUUGCUGACCAUCGCGAAAAUAUUCUAAAAACUGCCAAGGCUCUUGUCGAGGACACUAAAACUCUCGUAGCGGGUGCCGCUUCGUCUCAGGAACAGUUGGCCGUUGCUGCUCAAAACGCAGUUUCUACGAUCGUACAGCUCGCUGAAGUUGUUAAAUACGGAGCUGCAAGUUUGGGCAGUCACAAUCCAGAGGCCCAGGUCAUGCUGAUCAAUGCUGUGAAAGACGUGGCCUCCGCUCUUGGGGAUUUGAUUCAAGCAACAAAGACGGCGAGUGGAAAACCAAUCAAUGAUCCGAGCAUGGCGCAUCUCAAGGACUCCGCGAAGGUGAUGGUUACCAACGUUACUUCGCUAUUGAAGACAGUUAAAGCCGUCGAAGAUGAGCACACACGUGGAACCAGGGCUUUGGAAUCGACCAUCGAAGCUAUCGGACAAGAAAUACGAUCGCUGAAUACCCCCGAUGUCCAAAGAACCCCCGUGACACCCGAAGAUCUUGUACGGUGUACCAAAAAUAUCACGACAUCAACAGCAAAGGCAGUAGCUGCAGGAAAUAGCUGUAAACAAGACGACAUUAUAGCGGCAGCAAACAUGGGGAGAAAAGCCAUCAGCGAUAUGCUUUUGAUUUGUAAAAAUGCUGCCUAUCAUUGCGCAGAGACUGCAGAAUUGCGCGACAGAACUCUGAACGCUGGACACGACGUUGCCUUGAAUUAUAGAGAACUUCUACAAUCCAUAUUGCAAAUUUCGAUCCGACCAAGCGAUGCCAAACACCUACUUCCACCGAUUUCGAGAAAAAUCGCUCAGUCUGUUACGGAACUGGUAACAGUUGCGGAAUUAUUGAAAGGAAAUGAUUGGGUCGAUCCCGACGAUCCCACGGUCAUUGCAGAAAAUGAAUUACUCGGCGCUGCCGCCAGCAUAGAUGCAGCUGCCAAGAAACUGGCCAGUCUCCGUCCUAGGAGAAGCAUACAGGAGGCUAGCGAAGACAUGAACUUUGACGAGAUGAUCCUAGAGGCGGCAAAAUCUAUCGCUGCGGCAACAUCAGCCCUGAUAAAAGCAGCCAGUGCUGCCCAAAGAGAACUCAUAGCCACCGGUAAAGUUUCGCGAACACCUCUGACGAGCUCCGACGACGGUCAAUGGUCCGAAGGUCUGAUAUCCGCAGCAAGAUUGGUCGCGGCAGCGACGCACAGUCUUGUAGAAUCGGCAAACGCCCUGGUCCAAGGUGUUAGUUCGGAAGAAAAGUUGAUAUCGAGUGCUAAACAAGUGGCCAGUAGCACCGCGCAACUUUUGGUAGCGUGUAAGGUAAAGGCAGACCCCGACAGUGAAAGUACAAAGAGAUUACAGGCCGCUGGAAACGCGGUGAAACGAGCAACCGACAAUUUGGUAAGGGCCGCGCAGCAGGCGAUACAACAAGAGGAAGAUCGUUCGCUGGUUCUCAACAGAAAAAUGGUCGGAGGUAUCGCCCAGGAAAUAAACGCGAGAUCCGAAGUACUCCGUAUCGAGAGAGAGCUAGAAGAAGCACGAGGAAGGCUCACCGCCAUUCGUCAAGCCAAAUAUAAAAGCAAAGCUGAUACGUCUGACGACGCCGAGACAGACGCUGAUCAAAGUGGGUAUGAGAGUUACACCACUCGUUACGAAACAAGGGCUUAUGAGCCAAACCAUUCGAGAUCACCGAUUCAAUUGAUGAACAGUACGCUGGACGAUCUUCAACCUACAACGCAAUAUAUUAGUCAUAGGAAACUGACGGAGAGCAGCACAUCUGUGCAUGUUAAGAAAACGAUGACACGCCAGGUUUUGAAAUUUGAAAAUUAACUCUUAUCAGUUUCCAUUGUAUGUCUCCGUUGACGUUAAAAAGUAAUGAUUGUUUCUUCUUAUUUCUCUCAAAAAGAUGAAUAAAAAACACAAAGUGGCCAAUUAGUAAAGUGUCCUUAGAUAACGAGAAAAAGAAAAUAAGUGCUGUUCAAAAAUGCCUUUUAGGAACUAUAACAAUUCCUGCUUUACCUAGUAAAGUUUUUAGCAAGUUUUUUGUGUAUGAAAACUAAUGAUAACAGAUAGAAAUUGAAUAUGAUAUUAACUCUACCCUAUUUUAUUGAUAAUUAUUACAUCAUAGUUUAUUGUUUUUUUUUUUUAUCUCCAACUUCACCAAGUAAUUGUUCGCUUUGUUUUUCAAUGUUUUUUAUUUUGUUGAAGCGUGAUCGUAGCUUUAAUUAACAAAAAACAAAAAAAUAAUCUCAACGAAUAUUAGUAACGCUUUCCUACAAAUACACAACUACUUUAAAUUCUCAUUUACGAAUAAGCAUUUAUGUUAAUUUUAAGUUGAAUUAACAAGAGAAGUAACAUAUCAUUUAAUUAUAUUAAUUUUCUGCCUCCGGUUCGAUUCAAUUACUGAAUCGACGAGAGAGCCAAUUAUUAACAUGAUUUAAUUCUCGCACUUGAACUUUUUCAGCUCUAGAUUUCACAAUUUUUUUUUUACUUCAACUUAUUUUUCCCCCCUUAGUUAUACCUGUGGUUUUUUAUUCAUUAUGAGGAGUUUAAUAAUUACCUUCGCAUCUAAGUCUAACCAUACCAAAAAUUGAGUGUUUCAUUAAUUGAAAAAGUAAAAACGAAAAAAAAAAAUAAUACAUUCAUAUGGAAUUAAUAUUUAAGGUAUAAAAGUUAAU